AUGGCAGGCAGGCGCUUUUUCAUGAGCCUGGUCUGGGAGGUGCCCAAGUUGCGCCGGACGAGGCGGACGUGUCGUGUCGUGUACAAGAAGAAGGAAGCCCUCACUCCUCUCCCCGUGCCCGCCCGCUGGUCGCUGACCAACCGCAUCUUCAACCUCAACCUGCGCGCGCUGUACCAGGGCCCGCCGCGCCAGCCCGCCUCGCGUCUCUGGAACCCCGUCAACUCGUCGCCGCGCACCCUCCAGAUCCAGAACCCGCCGCCUGCGCCCCAGGCCCUGCCCCCGCGCCGCGACGACCACUAUCCCAAUCUGCCCAUUGAGCGCGACUUUGAGACGCAGGCCAGAGAGGACGGCCGCGACGAGUACCCGCUGCUCUCGCUUCCCGAGCGCCGCCUGAGUCGCCAGAGCCCUGCGCCGAGCUCCCUCGCCGUCCAGCGUUCCACGGGCGAGGACAGCAUCAGCGGUCGCACCAGCAUCGCCCUUCCGCGUGAUCGCAGGAGCCAGCCGCCCACGCCAGGCCUCGUCAUGGCCUCUGCCGCCAACCCCAGGGACAGUGUCUCGCCCGCGCCCCACGCCGACAAAGACAUCGAAGCCGGCCGCAACCACCAGCCCGCCGGCCUGUCGCGCGUGUCUCUGCCCGGCUCCGGACGCACCUCACUGCACUCGAGACGAUCAGGGUCUGCAGCUGACGACGACGCCGACGCCGUGUCCGAGUUCCCCUGGGGCCCUUCGCAUCCCUGCUUUCCCCAUCCCAACCCGCAUGUGCCACUCGACUCCGAGCUGUACAACACGACGCGCAUUAUCCGCAUAAAGCGCGACUGGAUGAUGAAGGGCGACCUGGCCCCGACGUUUGCCAAUCUCUACCCCGAGAUCCUGGACCCCCUCGUCACCGAAGACGACUUCCGGAUACUCAUCAAGAAGAUUAAUGAUACCCUCGUCGACGCCUUCGACCCAUUCACCUUCCGCGCCUGCCUCGACACCGUCCUCGGCAUCGCGACCUUCUGGCUCUGGGAAGAUGCGGGCCUCACCGGCGUAAAAAAGCAACUCGCCGACCUCGAGCGCUGGAUCGAAGAUUGGAACCGCGACAUCGGGUCCAAAGAAGCAGUCCGCAUAAUCCCACUACGGCGGACUGGAUACCUGACACUCGACGUCCAAAUACCAGAUCCCCAUCUCGGCCCCGAUACAGGCACACGGCCGCACACGCAAGAAGAUAAUCACCCCACCGACACUUCACACCAGCAGCAGCACGAGCAAUACCUACCAUACCCCAUUACGCCUACCCUACAGGUUAAUUCGCAACCCACCAUCAUCGAAGCGCAGUCAUAA